GGUUCCGCCCUCGCGCUGGGGAGGAGUCCCGGAGCCGAGCUGGAGUCGAAGCGCCUUUCACACCCUCCUCGCCCUCCCCACCGACAUCAUGCUCCAGUUCCUGCUUGGAUUUACUUUGGGCAACGUGGUUGGAAUGUACCUGGCUCAGAACUAUGACAUGCCAAACCUGGCUAAAAAACUUGAAGAGAUUAAAAAGGACCUGGAAGCCAAGAAGAAGCCCCCUAGUUCCUGAUGCCUGCCUGGCACUGCAUUCUGGACCCACCAAUUUCAUCCCGGGGGGCCUGCCUCCUUCUUAGCCACAUCCAAAGCUGUGUUCCUCUUUGGUCUCAGACCCUGCGUGUUGCUUCAGAUCUGGCACGGGCCAGAAGCUUCAUGUUGGCAGCAUCUCCCCUCCUCCCAUAUCUUCUGUCCAGCUGUUUCUGAGUCCUAAGACUGGAACUAUGGUGCUAGGUUAGCAAACACAACCAUAACUAGUACUCACUCACCUGUGACUCGGGAGUCCUACCACCUGUUGUCAAGAAACGAAUGGAUUCAGAUAGCUGCUGUGGAUUUACUGUCUAGGAGUGAUAAUAGGAGCUUGCUAGACAAACUAAAUUUUGUUAAGGUAAUUAAAAUCAGUAUCCAGUUUCUGGUGAAUUUAUCCAUUUAUUAUAUAUUCUUAUCAAGGAGCUCCAUGAUUGAUAAUUUAAACAAUAAAUCAUUUUCUGGUCAUUAAAGAAGAAACUAUUUUAUGAAUUCUAUAAAAAAAAAUUGGGAAAAUUUAAAACAUGCAAAGUAACUGUUGUCUGAGUACAAUUCAGUCUAUUUAGUCUGUGUUUUUCCUUAAUGAUAUAUUUGAACUGAGUCUGCUGUCAAAAGAACAAUUCUUUAUGUUUUCACUUAACAGGAUGGGCAGAUAAGUGAGAAGCUGUUGAUCGAAUGCUACUGUUUGUUAUUUUUUUUUUUUUUACUUUAAAAUUUGUACUAACUGUAUAACUUUACAGUGAUCCAUCUAAGAGAAGUGUGGUCCAAAUAUGUGAUAAAAUGUGUCUCUUGGGGAAGAUUCUGCAUCUCCCCACAAUUGAAGCGUCUUUCCCUGAGUCAGGACGGAUCAUCAAACGUCAUCAUCUUUAUUUUUUAAAAGACACUCUCACAGUGUUACCCAGGGUGGUCUUGAGCUCCUGGGCUCAAGCAAUCCUUCUGCCUUAGCUUCCUGGUGCUGGAACUACAGGUGUGCACCAUGGUGUCCAGCCUAUCCGUAAUGUUUUUACUUAAAAAAUAUUUUUAAAGUUAACUAUUCUCACAGGAGAUGACAGGAAAGUGAUAUCACAUGAAGGUUCUUUUUAGCCUCUGUCUUGUUCCCAGGUACAAUUCCUCAGGCAAUCCCUGGUGUCAAGUUUGUGUGUGCCUUUGAGAAAGAGUGUCUAAUCACACAUGUGGUUUUGUUUUUGUUUUUUUGUUACACACGCCCACACACACACACACACACAUAUACACGCAUACAUGUUUAUAUGUGUUUGUAUGUGUGUGUAUAUAUGAUUUUUGUCUCUUCCUUUCAUUUUUGUUUUUACACAGUGUCAUAAAGCCCAUGAUAACCUUGAACCUCUGAUCCUCCUGCCUCUGCCUCUCAGGUGAAGGGAUCAUAAGUGUCUGUCACCCUCGAGGAUACUCAAAAUGCCGAAUAGAGGCUUUAUUAGCAAGCUGUUUGCAAAAAAGAACCAUCAUGACAGCAUGACAUCACCAUGCCCAGCUGUUCUUUUUAAAGCUUUUUUUUUUUUCUUUUUCUUUUCUUUCAUUUGCUUGCUUUUUGAGACAGGGCCUCACUAUGUAGCCCUGGCUGGCCCAGAACUCACUAUGUAGACCAGGCUGGCUUCAUACAGAGAACCACCUGCCCUUUGCUUCCUGAGUACUGGGAUUCAAGGUGACUCCAUCAUGCUUGGCUGGCUUUUUUAUUCUCCAUGGAGAACCUCUCCUGUCAGUACGUUAACCUUACCCCUUUGUUAACUAUGUACGAUUCCAUUGAAUGGGUGUCUCAUAACUGAAUGUGCUACUGAUGAGUGUUAGGUUGUUCUUUUGAUGGUGUGGUGCUAGCACCUCUGUCCCUAUCCCAGAGGAGAGCUGUAAGAUAACAACUCUCACAGUCUAGUUUGCUAAGACAUGGUGUCUUGUUUCAGAGGGCUGGUUGGGCAGCUUCACUGACAAUGCCUUUUUAAAGCAUUAGCAGCAGACCACAGGUUGCAAGGAUUAGGUAGAGACACCUGUUUUCAGAAAGUGACAAUGAUCUCAUAUGGGAGUCAGAACCUGGUGCUGCUACUUAGGGAUACAGUCUGUCCAUGUAAAGGUCAUCUCUUCAUGCGAGACAGAGGUUGGCUUCUCCCUAGCAGUGGUGAGUGGGCAAGUGGUGUGUUCUUCUGAGACUCUUUGGAACACCUACCUCAUGAGGGUUUCCUGGGAAACAGUGAGAUGAUGUUGCAUGCUCUGUUAGACUGCUUUGCAAACUGUCCAACAAAUAGUAGAUACCAGUUGGGAAAGGCUGUCUGCCACACUUCUUUCAUAUUUCUGCAGUCACUUUGGAACCAAUGCGUGAAUCAUGUACAGCGUGGUAGUAUAGUCUGUGGUUAGUCUCGGAUAUUAAUGAAAAUACAGUCUGCGGUAUCUAUUGUCCUCAUGCCACCUGGCUCACAAGACUUGAUCAUGGAUGACUAGGUCAUUAGCAGAAUGAACGACAGCCUCAAAGAAGAAAGAUGUGUCUGUCACCCUCGAGGACACUCAGAAUGCCGAAUAGAGGCUUUAUUAGCAAGCUGUUUGCAAAGAACCAUCAUGACAGCAUUGUAUGUGUGGCUGCCUUGGAGAUGAUGGGCUUUAUGCAAUAAAGAUUUAUCUGUAUUAACUUUA